GUUGUGGCGUCGGUCUUGAAUUGGAUCAGGUGCUGUGGCAGAGAAAAAUAGAGAGAUAAGGGUACUACUUUCAGCGGCUAUGGCGAUGGAGAUUCGGGAAGGACAUUAUUGGCCAUAAGAAGGUCAGUGGACCAACACAUACAUCCCAAUAUAACAAGACUGCGAAUUGGGAGGGCAAAAAACUGGUAAGGAAGGUGCCGACCUUUUGUUUACAUUUCGGACUCGAACAUUGAUUAGAGCUGCGACUACGUUCCACUGGUCUUUUGACGAUGCUCGAGCUCAAAUGGAUCCCACCACACGAACUGACACAAGAGGAGAUUAAAAGGCAGAGGAGGCUCAUUCAAUACUGUGUGAACCGAAAACCUGGAGUCGUAGAGCGGCUCAUACAGGACCAUGGGCCCUUCCCCCUUUUAUGGGAGUUCAACGUGCCCGCGGCGCCCACCGUGCCCUUCCACCUCUGCCUGCCCGUCCACGAUCAUGGGCCUGAUCCUCUUCCUGGAGGGGUAGCGGUGCUGCCCCGCGUUCAUGGGCAGCCUGUAUCCUACACAGGUCCACCAUGGCCUUGGGUGCGAUCAGGCCCCGAUGCUCUAUGUCUGAUGCAUGUAGCACCACACCCCAUCCCCAUUCUGCCGCCGCCGCCGCCACUGCUGCCACCUGCAGCUCCACAUGAUGGACAUCCCCGACCAUCUCAUGUGGUCGAUCAUAGACCACAAACUCGUCACUUCCUCGAUGACGUACACUUUCCGGCCGUUCGCGGCCGGACGACAAACCCCUACGGCGCGAUUGGCUCACUCCCUACAAGGAGGAACCCGUAAACGCGCGAGAGCCUGGAACCGACCGCCAGCAAAAGUCCACUCGUUCCAGCAGUGCA